CAACCGCAGGCCUGGCUUUACUUCGAGGCACUCGGCCCAGUGAAGUGGAGCGAUUGCAGCGGUAUGCAGAUGCAGGCUCCCCGAUCCAACAAUGGAUCCUUUGGCACAUUCUUGGAGUGUUUGGCGCACUACUCCUGUACAUAGGUCUAGUUCUCAGCUCCAUACCCAUGCUUAUGGGUGUGUCCGCUGAUGACGAGGGCAAGGCUGCUGCAAUUGCGCAACAAACAUUGGUGCUCGUUUGCUGGUUGACCGAGCGCUACUUGGUGGAAGGCCGCCCCCUGCCACUGAUGCAAAGCUGCUUAUGCGCCUUGAUUUGGUUUGGAUCUUCAGUUGUGGAAUGGGCUGGGCCCAGACCCUACGACAACAUGAGCCUGGGACUGCCUGGACAGAUUGCAGGCUGUGAUGGUGGCUAUAGAUCUCCUUUUCUCAUUUACGCAUCUGUGUGGCUGACCGGGUUGACCUUUGGGACUUUGCUGCUCUUUGUUGAGGAAGGUACCACUUUGGUUAGCUGUGUAGACCCAAGCGAUGAUGAGGCUCCGGCUGCAGACCCAGCCCAGGAGAAGACGCGAAAGCUUCAGCCAUUUCGAAGAAAGGCCCUGCCCAUAGUGUAUGCAAUGGCGACAUCAAUGUCUGGCAUUGUGUUUGCAACAGGCACUGCUGGGAAUGACAUGGCCAGGGACUGCUGCGUUUUAGAGUGUUUUCGGAUCACCGGCUGCCAGCGCUAUGUCACUGCUGGUGCCGUGCUUCUGGUCAUUGCCGUGCUUUGUGCCUGGGACUUUCUUUGGCGGCUGGAGCUACCAAUCAGCACCUGGGGUGCUGUAUUUCAAGGAUUCACCACGUCUCUGCGAGUUGUCCAGAGCCACUUUGUUUUCCGGGACUUCAGGUGGGAUCCAGAAGAUAUGCAUGGAAUUUUAAUCGUGUACAAGUUUCCCGGCUUGCAGUUCUUCAUGACAGGCAUGUUUGUACUCUUUGUUUCGCUACAGCUGUACAUGUACACAUGUUCCUGGCCUGAGUGGAGCAUCGGGGAGCAGGUUCACACCUCCCUUCAUUUGUCCUCCUUAUCACGGGACACCAGAGCUGAAAGCUUGGAUGAUGGAUCCAGCUUUGUACCUGGCCGGCUUUGCAGGUCGGCCUCGUGUGAAAAGCAGAAGGAGAAAUCGCAGGGAUGGGAAGCCGCUUGUGGCAAUGGCUCCUUCUUCCCUUCUGCAUGUGCAGACCUCAGCAUACCACGCCCUCGCCCUGGCCCUGGCCCUGGCACCGCCCAAAUCUCUGGCAUCUCGCCUGAGGUUCUGCAUCAUCGUUGGGACCCACAUUCCCCUGAUUCAGGCAUGGCCACGGGCAUGGCCACGGGCAUGGCCACGGGCAUGGCCACGGGCAUGGCCACGGGCAUGGCCACGGGCAUGGCCACGGGCAUGGCCACGGGCAUGGCCACGGGCAUGGCCACGGGCAUGGCCAUGCAUUGGGCCAUGCAUGGCCAGCGGCAUACUGAAUUCACGCUCCCGGACAUCAAAUGGCUACAUGAUGCCGAAGCCAUCCAAAGGUUUGAAGCGAAUCACACACCUGGCUAUGGGCACCGCUUCACAGAUGGCGAUGCCUACAUUGAUGUUAUCACUUGGUUGUACGAUAGUCGGCUGCCGUGCUCCGCCUUCGUAGUCAGCUACAAUGCAAUGAUACUUCCUCCUGUACAAUUUCUGCUAUUUUUCUUCAUCCUUCUUCGGCCGUCCUUCAUUCCGGAGGAGCUUUACGGCUCAAUGCAAGCCUACGUGAUGAAUCUGGCCCCCAUGCGAUUCACGCAACCAUGCAUUAUGAUGCUUAUCGUGGGUAUAGCCAACAUGCCUGGUCCUGGGGACACGCUCUUCGGGGGGUGGUUCACCCACGGCUACUGGUAUUUCAUCGCGUAUUGUAUGAGCGCAAUCCUUCUGGCAUGGUCAGUCCAGCCAAGUGAAGAGGACCCUGGGAAAUAUGCAGCAGCGGAGGAGGCUCUGCCAUGCGAGUCCAUUUGCGAGAAGGGAUUGCAAUCGGCACCCGGGAGCCACGGAAGCAAUGGAAGCAAUGGGGUCCACAAAGAUGGUGAUUCAGCACGAGCGCUCAUGGCCAAGUACAAGCAACAUGCGACUGGCAACGGGAAUGGAAACGGUGAUGACGACUCGGACGAGCUCUCUGAGGCUUCGGAUGGGGGUGACGUUUGUACUAAAAGGCCGUUUGAGGUGGCUGCUUGCAUUGUAGGCGCCUGUGUGGUGGUUGCAACAGCUUACCUUGCUCUGACGCAAACUUUCCUCAACAUGCAGUACAGGCUCUCAGGAUGGAUCUGCGUCCGGUACCCAAAAGUGAUUCGAGAUACAAUCGAGAGGGAGCCAGUGGAGAUGGACGGUCGCAUGGUACCAGUGGACUUAGAUGAAGAUGCUCCCAAUGGUGACUUUGACAACCUGUAUUUGGACAUGAACGGAAUUAUUCACCCGUGCUGCCAUCCAGAAGAUGGUCCCGCGCCAGUGGACGAGGAACACAUGUAUGAGAACAUUUUCCUCUACUUGGACAGACUCUUCAGAAUAGUGAGGCCCAAGCGACUUGUCUACAUGGCCAUUGACGGUGUGGCACCUCGAGCCAAGAUGAACCAGCAGCGUGCUCGGCGGUUCCGAGCUGCACAGGAGCGAGAAGAGAUGGAGAGAGAACAGGAGAAGCUUCGGCAGGAUUGGGAGGCAGAAGGUCGUACAUUGCCCAACCGAACUUCAGGCAAGGUAUUUGAUUCCAAUGUCAUUACUCCUGGGACCAAUUUCCUGCACAAGAUGUCAGAGGCAAUCCGAUAUUACAUCCAUGACCGCACAACCAACGAUCCCCUAUGGCAGAAGCUUAAGUUCCGCGUUCUUCUUUCUGACGCUAACGUUCCAAGCGAGGGUGAGCACAAGAUUAUGACAUUCAUCCGCUUGCAGCGUGCCCAACCAGACUACGACCCAAACACCAGGCAUUGCCUCUAUGGAGCUGACGCGGAUCUGAUCAUGCUUGGCUUGGCCACACACGAGGCACAUUUCUCUAUCCUUCGAGAAGUGAUCAUCCCAAAAUCAGAAAAGAAGUGUACACUUUGCGGAGGCACCGGACAUGUAGCAUCCGAGUGCACUGGUGAGGGCGAUGAUGCAGAAGACAGCAUGGCAAUCCAGAAACCCUUCCAAAUCGUGUCUCUUCCAGUCUUGCGUCAGUACUUGCAACUCCAGUUUACAGAGCUUGUCGAACGCAUGCCGCCCACUUUGCCAUACAACUUCGAGAGGUGUGUGGAUGACUUCGUCUUCAUGUGCUUCUUUGUGGGCAAUGACUUCCUUCCACAUUUGCCUUCCCUCAGCAUCCGAGAUGGAAGCAUUGAUCAAAUGAUGGCCCUGUAUGUUGAAAUCUUACCAUCGUUGGAAGACUACUUGACAGACUGUGGGCGCACCAAUUUGAUGCAAGUGGAACAAUUCCUUGAGUAUUUGGGUGGCAUCGAGGAUCAGGUCUUCAAGCAUCGGCUGGACAGAGAGUCCAAGAUGCGCGCUGAAAAGGAAGCAGAAAGGGCAAAAGCUACAAAAGAAGAGGUCAGCUUGGAACCAUCCGGUGCUGAGCAGAUGGGUGGCAGCCUUGCCUUCGGAGGAUCCAGCAACAGCUCCUUCAUGGCACCAAAGGAGGAGGCAUCCGACACAAGUGCCUGGCAUGCACAGCUCCUGGCCCAAAGUUUUUCGAUGGAUUUUGAGAACCUGGACAGUCAAGAGCCGCCUGCCAAACGAGCGCGCCAGGACUCAACUCUUGAACCACCCAAGCCCAAGGAGACGAAGGCGAAGUCUGGCAAAGUUGUCGACCGUGAGUUCCAUCUGGCUCUCCGAGAGCGACUGAACAACCGCCAAGACUUGGGGGAAGCCAUGGCAGACACAGUCCGGCUUGGAGAGGGACCGCAUUGGAAGCAGCGAUACUAUUUUGAGAAGUUCAAGGUCAAACAGGAUGACCUUGUGGACUUCCUGCAGCGCAUCCGAAAGGCUUACGUGGAAGGUUUGUGCUGGGUCUUAGUGUACUACUACCAGGGCUGCCCUUCGUGGACUUGGUUCUAUCCAUACCAUUAUGCGCCAUUUGCUUCAGACUUGAUUGGCUGUGGCAACCUGAAGUGCGGAGAGAUCAAUUAUUUCCAGCCUGGACAACCGUUCCAACCUUUCCAGCAGCUGAUGAGUGUGUUGCCUCCUGUCAGUGCAGAAGAAGCCGGCAUUCCAGCGGCAAUGCGCGAGCUCAUGAAGCAAAGCUUUUCUCCGCUGAUUGAUUUCUAUCCUGUGGACUUCGGCCUGGACUUGAAUGGCAAGCGUUUUACUUGGCAGGCUGUCGUGCUUUUGCCCUUCAUCGACGAACCUCGUCUUCUCCGCAUCCUUGCACCUUUGUUGGCACGGCUGAAGCUUCAUGAGAAGAUGCGAAAUCGCCACGGAGAGAUUCUUGUCUUUGGACACAAGCAGGACAAAGCGCUUUUCCAUGCAGUUCAGCUGGCACAGGCUGCCUUUGAGGCAGGCCACGCAGGCCUAAAGCAGAAUGUACGAGACAGAUACCUUUUUGGCGCCUUGGAGGGCUGGCAAGGGGGCGGUGCCAACCGUGAGGUAGCAUCUCCAAUUGAGGGCCUUCCAGAUGUGGAAGAGUCGCAUUGCAUUUCUGCUCAGUUGUCAACGCUGCUGAUAUGGACGAAGGGUCUCGCAACAAGGGGUUUGGUGGUGAUGCUGUGGCUUUGCAGCACUAGGCAGGAUGCGUUGCAUGCCAUGGAUGCCUCAAAGCACUUUGACAUGCCCAAGAGUCAAAGAUGUCAAAGGUUUUUGGUGGGUCUUAUGCGGAACAGCGCGCGUCAUGCCCCACACUCUGUCAACGGCCUGCGAAUGUUAUGUGACCGAAGCGUUCCUACAGCUCUCGUACGGAAGGAUGUCAGCUAUGUUCCUGAAGUGGUCAAGCUGCCUCCAGACUCUGUUGAAAUGCGCAUCGAGUGGGUGCUGCCAAAGCCCAGCACUGCAUCAUGGAUUGAUAUGUCAUGCUGGGGAGUGGCAAGAUCCUCUCCGCCUCAGCAUCCUCAGCAUCCAUGGGGUCCCAAAACGCCUGACAAAGUUAUCUUGUAUCUACAUGGCGGUGCAUACUUGCUUUGUACUCCUGCAUCACUGCGUGGCAUCACCUUCAGCUUGUCUGGUGCUUUACAGGCUCCUUUGUGUGUUCUGGAGUAUCGCCGGCCACCAGAACAUCCAAUUCCAGCUCCUAUGGAGGAUGCCGUUGCGGCAUAUCGCUAUUUACUUGAGACCCUUCCCGGAGUUGACAUUAUCCUCGCUGGGGAUUCUGCAGGUGGAGGCAUUGCUGCUGCUAUGCUUUGCAAACUUCGGGAGACCAAUUUGCCAAUGCCACGCUGUAGCAUUCUGAUUUCACCGUGGACUGACCUGGGCAUUGACGGGCUUCGUCAUGCCACCUUGGAAAACGAGCAGCAUGACUAUUUGCCAAUCAGCUUGGUCGGGUUUUGCGCCGCUAGUGCCCGCGGAGCUUUAGAUCAUGAUGACUGGCAAGCUUCACCUUUGCAUGUGACUGGCUCCCUAGACAAUCUGCCACCAAUCAUGGUCGUCUAUGGAGAGGUGGAGUCCACGCUCCGCUCCUCUUUCAUCAUGUUUGGAAGCCUGCGGCAGAUGCAUUUCAUGAAGUAUCUUUCUUUGCAGAAGUUCAUUGCAGCCAAGUUUGAAGGCUCGGCUGAGUGCUUGAGUGCACGGGGAGAUCUAGGGCUGCACAGCACAAGCUGUAAGGGCCCUUUCCAAGUCGCAUCUGGCAGCCCAUUGUGGUGUGCCGAGAGCCUAAGCGGAUUCCCACAGCUUCCUGGCGGCUUCCUCGUUUGGGGUGUGGGCCCCAUGGCAUUGAUGACAUUUUGGGCGUCCUUGCUGUACAGUCAUGGUCCACAACGUCCCCCGACAAUAUCAUCUGUUGAUGAUGUGAACAGUGCCCUUUCAAAGCUGCUUCCGGACAUGAAUCGCCAGCUUCACAAGAACAUCAAAGACAGCGCUGGUGAUUGUCAGGCUCUUUGGGACUAUAGGACGGAAAAGGGUGAAGUUCUCUUUUCCAGCCCUCUGUCGGAGAUUCACAGGAGUUGUCAAGGCACUGCUCCACUUGCACACAUGAAUGCGAAUCGUGGAGGCGUUGGAACUGACAUCACCGUUCUUUGGGCAACUGGCUUGGGUUCUUUAGACGUUGCUGACAUGGUGGUCACGCCUCCAACCGACAUCUCCGCACCUGUGCAGCGGUGGUUCAUCACUUUGUCGGCAAUGUUCACGGAUCUGCACGUCUACAUGAAAGUGACUGUCAAUGGCAAGGAGUGGCUCAAAGACUACAUGUGCUGCGACAAAACCCUUCACUUCACGCUGAAGGUAUUUGCCGAAUGUCAUGUUGGUGUCGGCUUCAGUGCUCUUCACCUGGAGCUGGUGAACAUGGACAAAGUGGAUUUCGUGCAGAAGACGCAGAUGAUUGUGGACUCUGGUGCAUCUGCUUCGUUUGAGAUGGAUUAUGGCACUGCGCCGACAGUUGAGAAAGCCAUUGCCAACUUUUUGACCCUUAAGACUGGCAAUCUUCUGAUGAGAAACUCGGACGGGUCAACCACAGACACCUUGCAGACAGCUGGUGAGGCUCUGUCGCAUGUGAUUCAGCUGAAUACGGGGCAGAGACACAUUUUUGGAACUGCGGUGGAAGUACUCGCUCUGGAACAAGAUGUGUGGUAUUUGGCAACGCUGCUUCAUUUGUCUCGACCUGGAUGGGUGGCCGUGCAGGUCGGUGGAGUCAAGAAGGAGCUGGGGAUGAAUCAGGUCCGCCUCCCUCCUCAACCAAAGGAUGAUGAUGUAAACGAAGUGUUUGUCCCGAAGCUCAACGAUCUUGUAGAGGUACAAAUGCCAGCAACAUCCUCAAAGCCUCCUUGCAUGCUUUCCGGUGCCAUUCGCAUGGCCCGCGGAGCUUACUUUUUGGUGUCUUUGCUGGGCAGAGGACGCAGUGACGACAUACUUGUGACUGCAGAGCAGCUAAGAGAACCUGGGCAGACCACUUUGCUCAGCAGCUGCUUACUGCAGGAGGAAGUUUUUGAACUGCCACAAGGUUUCAUAGAACCAGGUGGUGAAGAUCCACUGACUUCUGACUUGAAGGAGUGGUUGCUCCAGUUUCAAAAGCAGAGCUGCAUAUUGAGCCUGGAACUCCGCUUCACAGCAUUCGGCGCCGAGCUGAAAUUGGCCGGUGAGAGGAGCAAGAUGAGCCUUGCAGGCAAAAUGCUUCAUUGCGUUCACAUGCGCAGUUGGAGCGAGAUCGCCAAGAGACGAUCAGGAAUAAAAGAUAUGGAAUCCCAGCGUUCAUACCUGCAGGGUUUCCCGCAGGAGGAAGGCAAAUGCUUGGAGUUCGUUGUUGACAGCGACAUCAUGAGGUUGGUCCUCGGACGGACUGGUGGGAAGCGGCUUCAAGAGCUUCAGGAUUCACUGGGAGUAUCCAUUGAGGCAGCCGCUCGAAAAAUUCUAGAGUUCGAGUUGUUGGGCAAGAUCCUGAAGCGGUUGCAACUACACAGAGGCAGCUUCAAUACAGGAAAAAAGAUUUGUCUUUCCCAAAGCAGCACCUGGGGUUUGUUCUUGGCAAACAGCUUGGGAACAUCCAGGAGAUUGCGGAGAAGGACACUGCACUCUUUGAGCUCUGGCUUCGACAAGCAGAAUGUCUCUGCCACACAUGUCGUUCUGUGCAACGAUAACUCAGAGCUUAGGCCACUGUUCCUCACCAUCAAGACGACCUUGCAACACGCAAGAGAUCCUGCGGCGCUUCAGUUUCAUGUCGUCACAUCUCCACAGCUUGAGAAGAUUUACUCUGAGAUGUUGGGUACCUUUCUGCCCGAUGUGAAAAUCCAGGUUCAUACCAAUCCAAGCGUGUUGCGCAAGAUUCGACAGUUCCUGACUUAUCGUUCGUCUUCGGAGGCUGAGCAAGAGAUGGCCAACGUGUUUCGUUUCGUUCCUUUCUUCCUACCAGAGUUCCUGGGAAGGAUUUCUUACGGUGGUUUGCCUCCACGUUUGAUUUACCUGGAUACCGACAACAUAGUUCUAGGUGACGUGUCCGAGUUGGCCGACAUGAAGCUCAGAGGUCAUCCCCUUGCCGCAACGAGGUACUGUGGGAUCGAGUUGCAGCAGAUCGUAGAUUUCAGCUUGAUCAAGCGGUUUACGGAUGCUGGUCCGUUGAAGGAGAAGGAUUGUCCAAUAAGCCGGGCUGUCAUGGUCAUUGAUCCAGUCAAGUGGCAGUUCCUCAACAUUUCUGGCAAUUUCCUCAAAUGGUUGGUUCGAUACAGGGACCAGCCACUCCGAGAGGAUCUUUGGUGGCAUAGCCUCGAUAUACCUCCAUUGAUGCUCUCAUUGUAUGGCUUUCUGGAGCUCGAGAGGAAGUGGGCUUGCGUAAAUCUUGGUAUGAAGGAGCUUCCUUUCCACUUGACGAAAGGGCUUUUGGAUCUGGGCUUCUCACACGAGGAUUUGCGGCGAAUGGCCAGGACACUUACUGAUUUCGGGACAUUGUCUCCUCCAGUGCAUCGAUGCAGCGCUGAUGCACACUUGCUGCACUUUGGAGGUCCUUUGAAGCCUUGGCUUGAUUCCGAGUCCACGCAGCCGGUUUGCAUCCUUCCCCAGGUGCGGACGCCACCAAGAGGUUGGGACGCAGCUGGUGGUGGCUACACUUUUCAAUGCCAGGUCAGGGGCCGCACUAUUCAACUGUUGAAUUGCUCAACCCUCUGGUGGGAAGGGCAGCAUAGAAGGAUGGCCAACUCAGCCACGGACUGUGCUGACUUCAAGCACUCCAUCUCUGUUCGAGGAGUCAGCGACAACCAAGCCGCCUGCUGUCUCUACAAGUGCAAGCAAGGAUGCUUCCAAUCUCCCGCAAACAAAGCUGAACUCUACGAACUCUACGAUGGCUUCAGCAGCAAAAAGCAAUCUUUUUCCCGUGAAAGUUGCUGUGUGUUGAUUGAAGGUCCAGCUGGAACUGACACUAUUCACGUUUGCUUGACCAGCGACGAUGCAGAUCUGCGCUCAGCUGCAGUUGUCGUCCGAUCGGUCCGUUACUUUUCCAUUUUAUCACCACUCCUGAAUUGGCGCGGGACCUUGGUGACCUUGUACUUCGUUUUUCAACCGCAGCUGGGAUGCUGGAUGCUGGAGAUUCUGAGAUUGGUCAUCCAAUCGGUUCGAAUGUCUGCACGAAGCUUCAGCCCAAUCGGGGCAAGCGUGUGCUAUCGCGAAUGCAUCAUGAAAGAGAACACCGCUCGCAGCGAUGCUUUUGAGAGCGCACAAAGGCUUUCCACAACCAUUCCACGACAGCGGCUUCAGCUUGGCGAGAGCUUGCCAGGGCUGGGAAGCAUCAACUCAGUGUACAGCGGCAUGGGCUGGACGCAAAGCUCGGUUGGACGUUGGCUUCCUCCCGGUGGUGCAGUGUCCACUGGCCUUGAUGAGAAUCAACUUGAUCGUCCUCAAUCAGCACCGCGACCUCCGUCAGCCCAGCCACAGUUUCAAGCAUUGAAUCCCCGCGUGUCGCAAGUGGCAGAUAUGUGGCGCACUACCAGUUGGUCUGAUUUUCGUCCAAGGACUGUCAGCACAAGCCUAAGGAGGCAGCGUGUCAGCGAAUCUGAGCUGAUCAGGAUAAGCUGUGGGGCGCCAGCAAGACGCUCUGAUGGUUUGGACUUCACUCCCAAAGCGCCUUGGUGCUGA